AGGGCGGGCCCGGCGUCUCUGGGCGCUGGAGCGCGGCGACACUGCGGCCCCGGGAAGGACGGACGGACGCGCCGCCGGACCGUCCGCGGCCAUGGCCGAGCACGCCGCUCGCCCAUGCUGCCUGGGCUGGGACUUCAGCACGCAGCAGGUGAAAGUUGUUGCUGUUGAUGCAGAGCUGAAUGUGUUCUAUGAGGACAGUGUGAAUUUUGACAAAGACCUUCUAGAAUUUGGGACUCAGGGUGGAGUUCACAUUCACGAGGAUGGACUGACAGUGACCUCUCCAGUCCUGAUGUGGGUCCAGGCUCUGGAUAUCAUCUUGGAGAGGAUGAAGGCUUCAGGCUUCGAUUUCUCUCAAGUCCUCGCCCUGUCUGGGGCAGGCCAGCAACAUGGAAGUGUAUACUGGAAGGCUGGGGCCAGCCGCGUGCUGACAAGCCUGUCACCAGACCUCCUGUUACAUAAGCAGCUGCAGGAGUGUUUCUCCAUCAGGGACAGCCCAGUAUGGAUGGACUCCAGCACCACAGUCCAGUGCCGCCGACUAGAGGCCGCCGUGGGUGGGGCGCAGGCUCUCAGCUGCCUCACCGGCUCCCGAGCCUAUGAGCGUUUUACAGGAAACCAGAUUGCAAAGAUUUACCAGCAGAAUCCUGAGGCCUAUGCACACACAGAGAGAAUUUCUUUGGUUAGUAGUUUCGCUGCUUCUCUGUUCCUUGGGUCUUACGCUCCUAUCGACUACAGUGACGGUUCUGGAAUGAAUUUGUUGCAGAUCCAGGACAAAGUCUGGUCGCAGGUCUGCCUUCGCGCCUGUGCACCUCAUUUAGAGGAGAAGCUUGGCUCACCUGUACCGUCAUGCUCUGUGUUGGGAGCCAUUUCCUCCUACUUUGUCCAGCGCUAUGGAUUUCCUGCAGGAUGCAAAGUGGUGGCCUUCACUGGGGACAACCCUGCAUCGCUGGCAGGCAUGAAGCUGGAGGAAGGUGACAUUGCGGUCAGCCUGGGCACCAGCGACACCCUAUUUCUCUGGCUCCAGGAGCCCAUGCCCGCCCUGGAAGGGCACAUCUUCUGCAACCCGGUUGAUGCCCAGCACUAUAUGGCGCUCCUGUGCUUUAAAAAUGGCUCCCUCAUGAGAGAGAAGAUCCGCGAUGAGUCCGCUUCCUGUUCCUGGAGUGAUUUCUCUGAGGCGCUGCGGUCCACGGAGAUGGGCAACAGCGGGAACCUGGGUUUUUAUUUUGAUGUAAUGGAGAUCACCCCUGAAAUUACUGGGCGCCACCGGUUUAGCGCAGAAAACCGCCAGGUCUCAGCAUUCCCGGGGGCUGUGGAGAUCCGGGCACUGAUCGAAGGGCAGUUCAUGGCCAAGAGGAUCCAUGCUGAGGGCUUGGGUUACCGAGUCAGUAAUGCCCAAGACAAAGAUUCUGGCCACUGGAGGGGCAUCUCACAACAGAGACAUCUUACAGGUGCUUGCAGAUGUGUUUGGCGCCCCAGUAUAUGUCACAGACACUGCCAACUCAGCCUGUGUGGGCUCCGCAUACCGAGCUUUCCAUGGCCUUGCAGCUGGAACAGAUGUGUCCUUUUCAGAGGUGGUGAAGUUAGCCCCAAAUCCCAGAUUAGCUGCUACCCCAACCCCAGGAGCUUCUCAGGUCUACGAGGACCUUCUCCCACAGUACGCCAAGCUUGAGCAGAGAAUCCUGUCCCAGACCCCGGGGCCUCCAGAGUGAAUUCCUCAGGCCCAGGCAUCCCACUUUGAGACGUACGUGCUCCUCCUGGACAGCAGGGAUCCUCUUCCCUGUCCGAAGUGACUCUGCCUACCCGUCUGACUCCUCGUGGUGCUGCCUGGAACUACCUGAAACCCACCUUAGCGCAUCUCCCUGAAUGUAAAUGGGCUGUUUCUGAUUCUGUGCCCUUGUGCCAGGGGCAGGAAAGCCUCUGUCUUCUCCUGCCCUUUAUCUCGGGGGGCAAGAUAAAGCAGUGAGUCUGGGAUAUAUCCAGUAAAAAUUGUGACUUUGCCUCCUUUCAAAUGCAGAAGUAAAGUGAAUACAGGGACCUAAAUUGGGUGAACGGUGGAGACAAAGCUGUCCCCCCAUAUUCCGACCCCAGCAGCCUCUUCCCCAACUCUCACUCUGGCUUCUCCUCCUCAAACUGUAACCCACAGCCACCUGCCCCCUCCGUACUGUGACCCUGCAGUCCAUCCUCCUCCUCCCCACGCCACACUGAUCUCAGCUGCUGCCUCCCUCCUCAUUUCAGAGUCUGAAGGGCUUCGUAGUAGCUUCCUUUCUUGUCUUUCCUUGCUCACCCUGUACCUUCCAUCCUUGUCACCUCCCAGCAUCUGCCCCUUCAUCCUUCGAGAUCUCUCCUCCCUCCCCACGCCCACCUUUUGUAACUCACCGCCUCUUACCCAAAAAGCUUGACAGGCCUAAUGACCAAGCUUUCUGUCCCCCUUCCAUCCACCCUGCCCACUGGCUGCCUUACUCCCCAGAACACCAGACCACUUGCAGGAGCCCUCUCCCAAGUGGUACAGGGUAGCACCUCUCUCCCUCCGUCCCUUCCUUCAGGAAGAAUUGCCCUAAUUCUGGAUUUCUUUGAUUCUGUUUCUGUUUUGUCAUUUAACAUAUUCUCUAUCUUCUGUAUUCCCUAUAAAUUCCUAUAAAUUGGUGAUUGGCUCUUCAACCUCCGUGCUAUUGACCUGGAGCUGGGUAAGUUUUGGUUGUAGGGGCAGCGGGGUCACUGGCCUUGACCCACCAGAUGCCGGUAACACGCCCUCCCCAAGUUGUGACAAUCCAGAAUGUCUCUAGGCAUUGCCACGUUCCCUCCUGGUGGGGAUAGGAAGACAAAAUGGCCCCUAGUUGAUAACCACUGACCUGGAGGCUUGAUCUGAUGCACAUGUGAUUAUUUCCCUGUUUAUGUCAGACAGCUUCCCAAGAUGGUGGUGUGUUCUUCCAUCAGGAGGCACAUGUGUCUGGUGUUCUCUCAUUUGAGGGAUGUUCAUGCCUAGCUCCAUUAAUUCACUAGGGAUACAGUCUUGUUAUUCCUCUUCAUUUACCCGGGAUUCUUCUAUGUGACAGACAUUUCCUAUCGACUUACCCAAAAGAGCUAGGAGAGGCUUGUCCUCUGUUCACCAGUUUUCAAAAUAAUGGGUUGAUUCCCAAGCAUCGUCUAACAGCCAAUAGUUUUUUGGUUUUAGUGCCAAUAGGAUACAUCUGAUAUAUUUGAUGUAUUUUAAUCCAUUAUGGUAAUUAUUUCUGUCCUUGCCUUCUUUUUGAUAGUCAUUCUCUGCAACUUUUCUACUGUUUUCCUGAUCUGCCAUUUCUUACUUACAGGUACAAACGCUCUGUGUAGCCCUUAAUGACCGCUGGGCCCCCAGUUUCUAUCCUCAUCCCUCUUUCUCUCCCAUUUUGGCCUCUUUUAUUGGAUGAUUUGGUCUCUUCUUGGGUUUCCACUACUUAUAGGCCAGGAGCACUGAUCUUUGCUUCCAUCCAGAACUCUCCUUGGAGUCUACCAGAAUUCUCACUCAGAGGAGUACUUCAUACUCCACUUACCUUCCUUUGCCCUUCCCCAAACCUCCUCCUCUUGUGUUCCUGUUUCAGUGAAUUGACACCACUGGUCAUCCAUCCAUUGACUGAGGAACCCAAACCCCAAAUGCAGAUGUCCUCCCCCUUUCCCAUGUCAGCCUCAGAUCAGUCACCAAGCUGAGUUUGGUUAUUCCUUUGUUAACUCCUAAAGCAGUCCCUUUCUCUCCUUCCCUCCAGUUUUACUUGGGGCCCCUUUAUUCCAUGCUCAAGUUAUCCCAAAAGCUUACAGAUAAAGUCCUGUGUGAUCUGCUUCCUGCAGAGUCCCCCCAAUUUUACCUUUGCUGCAGGCCCUUGCCUAAAUUGGAACCUCAGUUAAACCAGACUACUUAUGGUUUGCACCCGGGGUGGAAAAGUGCUGCAAACCGGGUCUGAGACCUGGUCGGUCAAGGCAGUGGAUAGGUGGACAUCAAAGGAAGAGACUUAGAAAAUGAGUGGGACCAGUGGCUUCUCUUCGGAGAGAGAUGAAGUCUUGAAAGGAAGCAGUGUCCCUAGCAGGCUUGGUGGAUGAAGAAGAAAAAGAAAGCAGAAAGCUGAAGAUAACAGCCUCUCGGUAGCAAGUCAAAGAUUCAGAAGAAAAUGGACAACUUCCCCACCCCUAGUUCCUAGACAUUACUUAUUAAAGACACUUUACAACAUUAACCAGGUGGAAAAGAUUCUCUUGGACCAAGAAACAGAGAAAGCCAUUCGAUCAAUCCAUUUUACCUCUGCCCCCAAAGAGUUGCGUGUUAUUGCAAGCAUGUCAACAUAAAUAGAUCAAGGAAUUCACUGUGUAUACAAAUACAGGAAGUAAACAGAGUGAGAAUCAUAACUUUUCAAGCCAAGGAAAUACUCCAAAAUAAAGAGAACAGAAGAGAGUAAACCAUAACAACCCUCCAACAUCUCUAAAAUAAAUUUUGGAACAGUUGUGGAUAGGAAAGAUACCACAGUUCGGAAAAUUUAAAACUCAGAAUAAAAAUGAAAAAGCAACAGGAAUAUAUGAAGAGAGAAAUGACCAAGCUUGGGAAACAAUUUGAGUGAAAAAUUAAAAUCAUCAUAGAUAGGAAGACAAAAUCAAUAGAGAUGACUCCAAGUAUAGUAAAGCCUAUAGAGGUUGGGAAUGACAAAAGCUAAGAGAGCAAAAAAUACAGAGGAAGAGCUGAAAAGGUACAGAAUGAAAAUGAUAGGUAAAGAAGUAACAGGCAAAACUGGAGCUCCCAGAAGCUACCAAAAAAGAAGACAGUGGAAUUGGUUAAUAGUUAAAACUGCUCCAGGAGAGGGACGCCUGGGUGGCUCAGUCUGUUAAGUAUCUGCCUUUGGUUCAGGUUAUGAUCCCAGGGUCCUGAGUUCAAGUCCUGUAUCAGGCUUCCUGCUAGCCUGCUUCUUCCUCUGACAAAUAAAUAAGUACAAUCUUAAAACAAAAUAAAACAAAAAACCUGCCCCAGGAGAAAUUUCUGAAAAGGCACAAAGAAGACCUAAAUCUUUAUCUUGAAAGGGCCCCUUUGUUACAUAGAAAAAUUGACCCAGAAUGAUGAAUAUCCUAGCAAACUAUUAAAUUUUGAAGGUGAGGGGAAAAAACCCCUCUGGGCGCAAAGAGCUAAUUUCUUACAAAGGAAGGGUCAAAUUGGCAUCGGACUUCUCAAAAAGCAAGUAGCAAUGGAGCAACAUUUUCAAGAAAUAUAAAGAAAAACAAAGGAACUAAGAAUAAGUGUUUUGUAUCAAGCUAAACUGUCCUUUAAAUAUCAAGGAUAUGUAUAAGUUUUUUCUUAAGAUUAUUUAUUUAUUUAUUUGACAGAUCACAAGUAGGCAGAGAGGCAGGCAGAGAGGAGGAAGCAGGCUCCCUGCUGAGCAGAGAGGCCAAUGCAGGGCUCGAUCCAGGACCCUGAGAUCAUGACCUGAGCCGAAGGCAGAGGCCUUAACCCACUGAGCCACCCAGGCGCCCCGGUAUGUGUAAGUUUCAAUCAUGUGAGAGCUCAGGAAAAUACUGUACUCAUAACCCCUCAGGAUCUUACUUCAAGACAAGUUUCAACCAACUAGGAGAUGAUUGGGGAACUUCAGCAAAAGGACUGGUGGUAAGCAUUGAGUAUCUAGUUUCAGAUCUAAAACCAAAAUGAAAGAGGAGAUGGGGUGGUAGAAUAGUAUCAAAUGAUAUUCUUUGAAAAGGUAGACGUCACAGUGGAAUAAAUGAAAAAGAAGGGAGAGGAGGAGGACAGGACAAAGAGGUCUUUGUUGCAAAGGCAGUGUGUACAAGGCAAAGAGCAUCAUUUAAAGUUGACAAACCUAACAGUUGGGGUUUAAAUAAGCAAAAAGGAGACAAAAGGAGUAUGAAAGGGUACAAGAUAGUUACUAGAAUAAAGAUAGAGAUCUCCCUUACUGCUCAAAGAUACUAUAAUAAAAGCAAUAAAUCACAUAGUGAAGAAUAGCAUCAUACCCAGUAAAUACAAAAACAAGCAUAGAGUUAAAUUACUAAACUAAAAGGCUCAACUCAUCUAUUUAAAAAAAAAGUUCAAAAAUGAGCAAAGGGGAAAAAAAGGCAAACCAAGAAACAGACUGACUUUUUUUUUAGAGCAGGCUCCACACCAGCAUGGUGCCCAGUGCAGGGCUUGAACUGAUGACUCUGAGACCAAGACCUGAGCUGAGAUCAAAAGUCAAAAGCUUAACCGAAGACUGAGCCACCCAGGUGCCUCAAGAAACAGACUCUUUAACUACAGAGAACAAACCGGAGGUUAUCAGAGGGGAGGCAGGUAGGAGGAUGGGUGAAAAGAGGUGAUGGGGAGUAAGGAGUGCAGUUGUGAUGAGCCCAGGGUGAUGUAUGGAAGUGUUGAAUCACUAUAUUGUACACCUGAAACUAGUAUUAGUUCUGUAUAAGUUAACAUGUAUAUGUAUGUUACCUAACUGGAAUUUAAAUAAAAACUUUAAAAAGUUCA